CACACGCGCGGCCGCCCGCCCGCACAGCCCUGCGCGCACACCGCGCUCCGCCCGCCAGGUGCUGCGCGGAUGCUCCCGUCCUGAGGCGCUGCCCGCCCCCCGCCUGAGCCAUGGUGAUCAUGUCGGAGUUCGCCUCGGCGCCCGCGGCCGCGCACGGCCAGCAGCGGCCCCUGCGAGUCGGUUUCUACGACAUCGAGAGGACCCUGGGGAAAGGCAACUUCGCCGUGGUCAAGCUGGCCCGGCACAGGGUGACCAAGACGCAGGUUGCAAUAAAAAUAAUAGACAAAACAAGGUUAGACCCAAGCAACCUGGAGAAGAUUUAUAGAGAAGUUCAGAUAAUGAAGCUUUUGAAUCAUCCCCACAUUAUCAAGCUAUAUCAGGUUAUGGAGACAAAGGAUAUGCUGUACAUUGUUACUGAGUUUGCAAAGAAUGGAGAAAUGUUUGAUCACCUGACCUCCAACGGGCACCUGAGCGAGAGCGAAGCACGGAAGAAGUUCUGGCAGAUUCUCUCAGCAGUGGAGUAUUGUCACAGCCACCACAUCGUGCACAGGGACCUCAAAACAGAGAACCUCCUGCUGGAUGCUAACAUGAACAUCAAAUUAGCAGACUUUGGCUUUGGAAACUUUUACAAGUCGGGAGAGCCCCUCUCCACUUGGUGUGGAAGCCCACCCUAUGCAGCUCCAGAAGUUUUCGAAGGCAAAGAAUAUGAAGGGCCUCACCUUGACAUAUGGAGCCUUGGGGUGGUUCUGUACGUCCUUGUCUGCGGUUCUCUGCCUUUUGAUGGACCCAAUUUACCAACCCUGAGGCAAAGAGUGCUGGAGGGGCGGUUCCGCAUCCCCUACUUCAUGUCCGAAGACUGUGAAACACUAAUCCGACGGAUGCUGGUUGUGGACCCAACCAAGCGGAUAACCAUCUCCCAGAUCAAGCAGCACAAGUGGAUGCAGGCUGACCCCUCCCUUCAGCAGCAGCAGUCCUUGUCCUUCUCCAUGCAAAACUACAACUCCAACCUGGGUGACUAUAACGAGCAGGUCCUUGGGAUCAUGCAAACACUUGGCAUCGACAGGCAGAGGACUGUGGAGUCCCUGCAGAACAGCAGCUACAACCAUUUUGCUGCCAUUUAUUACCUGCUCCUGGAGCGCCUGAAGGAGUACCGGAGCAGCCAGGUGUCCACUCGGCCGGCAGCCGGCCGGCAGCCGCGGCCCCGGAGCUCCGAGAUCACCAAUGCUGAGAUGCCUCAGGACACUCUCACCAGUGAAACCCUGCGAUCAUCUCUGCUUUACCAGCAACCUCAGAGCCUGAUUCAGCCAUCCUUGCAGGCAGAAAUGGACUGUGACAUAAGCAAUCCAUUACAGCCUGUGUUCUUCCCUGUGGACACCAACUUCAACGGGCUCUUCCGGAACCGCUCCAUCUCCCCGAACAGCCUGCUGGAGACCACCAUCAGUGAGGAAGUGAGGCAAGAGAAGGAGCUGGAAGAUGAAAUUAAGGCAUAUGACCACCACCCCAUCUGCAUCCCUAGCAACACCAGCAGGAGGCACACCCUGGCAGAAGUGACCACCCAUUUCUAUCAGCAUGUCCCUCCAUGUAUAGUCAUUUCCUCCUCUGCCAGCCCCACAGAGGGAACUAGCUCAGACAGCUGCCUUACUUCAUCUUCAAAUGACAGCUCAGUGGCCCUGAGCAGCUGUUUGGCAGGUCAAGUAAUGACGGGGAGCCCGGCCACAGCGAGGAUGACGUCGCCUUUCCUCGCUUCCCAGUCUGACGCUCCCGUGUUACAAGUCCAGGGCUGCAUGGGAGGUGCUUCUCUCCUGCCUGUCAGCUUCCAAGAAGGAAGGCGAGCAUCUGAUACCUCAUUAACUCAAGGCUUGAAGGCUUUUAGGCAGCAGCUGCGGAAGAACGCUCGAGCCAAGGGGUUCCUCGGCUUGAAUAAAAUCAAAGGCUUUGCUCGGCAGGUGUGUCAGUCCUCCUCCUCCUCUCGGGCAGCAAGGAGUGCCAUGAGCCCUUUCCAGCACACGCAGCCCAACACCUGCAUGUACAGCAGCAGCGGGAGCAGCAGAGAGGGGAGAAGCCUCCUGGAGGAGGUGCUGCAGCAGCAGAGAAUGCUCCAGUUCCAGCAUCACCAACUACUCCAAACAGCUUGUCCCCAGACCUCCCAGACACCUGCAGCAAGCAGCAUCCCCUCCUCUGAUGCAACCUGCAAAGCCUCCAACUCCAUUCUGCUGUCAGAGCUGCAAAGAGAGAACUCCUUUGAGCUGGCCUUUGCUGGCAGCAGCCAACUGCUCCAACCUCAUUUCCUGGGGCUGAGCGUGUCCCCGGUGUCGUCGGCCGCUCACCUGCUGGACACUCACCUGUACAUCAGCAGCAGCAGCAGCAGCGCGGCCCCGCUGGCCGCCCCCUUCUCCCAGCAGCAGAGCUUCUCCACGCCAUCCCCGAGCUAUGACACUGUCACCCUGCAGCACGGGGACUGUGAGAUGGAGGACCUGACUUCCAGCCAGCUGGGCAAGUUUGUGCUGGUCAAGUGAGAGCUUUGGGCAGCUCCCGUUGCGGGGGAACUUUCACCGCUGCUCCCUGGCUGGCUGGCGGCGUGGGGACGAGUGACUCUCAGAAGCAAUAAAUUUUGAAGUAUGUGAAGAGGCUGUCUGGCUCAGAAAGCUGGCAACUUUAUAGGACUGAAACAAGCAAUAUGUAUGUCUUUUUGCUUCUACUAUUCUUGCACUGAACAAAUACGAAUAGAAACUGAUUUUUUUUUUUUAAAAAAAAGGAAAAAAAA